AUGAGACUGGAUGUUAAGAGACAGCUCUUUGCUCGCUCGGAGCGAGUAAAGGGCAUUGACUUCCAUCCGACGGAGCCAUGGAUCCUGACAACCUUAUACAGCGGUCACGUAUACAUCUGGUCUUACGAGACUCAGUCAAUUAUUAAAACCUUCGAACUUACCGAUGUCCCUGUACGAGCUGGUCGGUUUAUUGCACGCAAAAACUGGAUUGUUUGUGGAUCAGACGACUUCCAACUCCGCGUAUACAACUACAACACUUCCGAGAAGAUUGCCUCAUUUGAGGCUCACCCAGACUAUAUUCGUUCGAUUGCUGUUCAUCCCACCCAGCCUUUCGUUCUUACCGCCUCCGAUGAUAUGACAAUCAAGCUCUGGGAUUGGGAGAAAGGUUGGAAGUGUGUCCAAGUGUACGAAGGUCACGCCCAUUAUGUGAUGGGACUGUCUAUUAACCCUAAGGACACAAACACAUUCGCAUCUGCAUGCUUGGAUCGGACGGUCAAGAUCUGGAGUCUUGGCUCUCCGCAUGCCAAUUUCACAUUGGAGGCCCACGAGACGAAGGGUGUUAAUUAUGUCGACUACUAUCCGCAAGCCGAUAAGCCGUAUCUUCUUACCACCUCAGAUGAUAAGACGGUUAAGAUCUGGGAUUACACCACAAAGGCGCUCAUUGCGACAUUAGAAGGACACACAAGUAAUGUUUCCUUCGCCUGCUAUCACCCGGAAUUACCAGUGAUUCUUUCGGGAUCUGAAGAUGGAACCAUCAAGAUCUGGCACGCAAACACAUACCGACUGGAGCAAUCAUUAAGCUAUGGGCUUGAAAGAGCGUGGUGUGUUGCAUACCAGCGUGGUAGACAGGGUAUCGCAAUGGGUUUUGAUGAUGGUGCAGUGGUUGUUAAAAUGGGUCGCGAGGAACCCGCUGUCUCUAUGGACGGAUCAGGAAAGAUUGUCUGGGCAAGACACAAUGAAGUGGUUUCAACAGUCAUCAAGGGUGGCGAUGCUACUGUCAAGGAUGGUGAACCAAUCUCCUUACCGACAAAGGAGCUGGGCUCAUGUGAGGUCUACCCACAGACGCUAUCACACUCGCCCAAUGGCCGUUUCGUUUCAGUAUGCGGUGAUGGAGAGUAUAUCAUCUACACUGCCCUUGCCUGGAGAAAUAAGGCAUUCGGACAAGCUCUCGAUUUCGCCUGGGGCUCGAAGGAUAACAGCAAUGACUAUGCUAUUCGCGAGUCAGCAACUAGUGUGAAGAUCUUUAGGAACUUCAAGGAAGUCAGCGGCGGCCUAGAUGUCGGCUUUCAAGCCGAAGGUCUCACUGAUGGUGUGCUUCUUGGUGUCAGAGGACAGGGAGGCAUUGGUAUGUUCGACUGGGAAACCGGCAAUCUAGUCCGUCGCAUUGAAGUCGACCCGAAGGCCGUUUAUUGGUCCGAGUCUGGCGAGUUGGUAACCCUUGCCUGCGAGGACUCAUUCUACGUGCUCCGAUUCUCGAGGGAGAACUACAUCAACGGCCUCAACGAGGGAGAAGCCGACGAGGAUGGUGUUGAGUCGGCUUUCGAAGUCGUCACUGAUGUCAAUGAGACUGUCAGGACAGGUCAAUGGGUUGGCGACUGCUUUAUCUACACCAACUCGACAAACCGCUUGAACUACCUUGUUGGUGAUCAGACCUACACAAUCUCUCACUUUGACCAGGGAAUGUAUGUCCUCGGCUACUUGCCUCGCGAUGGCAGGGUAUAUCUGGCCGAUAAGGAUGUCAACGUUGUUUCUUUUGGUCUAUCACUUAGCAUGGUCGAAUACCAGACUGUGGUUCUUCGUGGAGAUAUGGAUAUGGCAGCAGAGCUGCUGAAGGACAUCCCGCAGGACCAGAUCAACAAGGUUGCGCGGUUCCUCGAGGGUCAGGGCUACAAGGACAUGGCUCUUGAAGUUGCCACUGACCCCGAACAUCGUUUCGACCUUGCCCUUUCUCUCAACAAUCUUGACAUUGCCCUCGAAAUUGCUCGUGAAGCUAACGUCGAACAUAAAUGGAAGACUGUUGGUGAUGCUGCCCUGGCAGGAUGGAAUCUGGAUCUGGCCCAGGAAUGCUUCACCAAUGCGAAGGAUGUUGGCUCCCUCCUGCUUUUGCACACCGCCAGUGGCAACAAGGAGGGUCUCCGUAACCUCGCAGAACAAGCGUCCGAAGCCGGUCUGCACAAUGUUGCUUUCUCUACCUUGUGGUCUCUCGGUGAUAUCGAUGCCUGCACAGACCUUCUCGUGCGGACCAACCGUCUCGCGGAAGCCGUCCUUUUCACACAGACCUACAAGCCAUCCCGGGCACCCGAGCUCGUCGCUCAGUGGAAGCAGUCGCUCGAGCAAUCUGGAAAGACAAAGAUCGCUCGCCUGAUCGGUGUACCUCCCGGUGCUCCCGACGCUACCGCUGAUGACGACCUCUUCCCUGAAUGGGAUGAGUACCUCCGCCUGGAGAAAGAAGGCGUUGUCCCUGAGCCUCCUUCUUCAGAGUCCCUUAUCGACGUUAACGAUGACGAACAAGCCGAGUCAGCAGCUAACGGGGCUCCCGAAGUAGAAGCCGAAGCAUGA